AUGAGUGAGACAAAGGGCGUCAAUGGCGAUGCCAAAAUGAAAUACGAAAGAACUCAGUCGCAGCCUGAGAACCCCUUUGCGGCUCUCAUCCCCGACCAGCAAAUAGCCAUUGUACCGGAAUUCACGCUUGAGUCUGGGGUCACGCUAUACAAUGUCCCUGUUGCAUACACCACCCGAGGCAAGCUCUCGCCUUCUGGUGACAACGCCAUGGUGAUUUGCCAUGCCCUAACCGGCAGCGCUGAUGUGAGCGACUGGUGGGGUCCCCUGCUCGGCGGCCCAGGCAGGGCUUUUGAUACCUCGAGGUUCUUCAUCGUGUGCAUGAACAGCUUGGGUAGCCCCUACGGCACAGCAAGCCCCGUCACGGCCAAGGAUGGUGACCCCAACAAUGAUCGCUAUGGGCCCGAGUUUCCUCUCACAACAAUUCGAGAUGACGUGAACCUACACAAACUCAUUUUGGAUGAUUUGGGCGUGAAGCAAGUGGCGGCUGUCAUCGGAGGUUCACUCGGUGGCAUGUUUGUGUUGGAGUGGGCAUAUUUCGGAAAGGACUACGUUCGCUGUGUUGUGCCCAUUGCCACCUCCAGCCGCCAUAGCGCAUGGGGCAUUAGUUGGGGUGAAGCUCAACGCCAGAGUAUCUAUGCCGACCCAAAGUAUGAUGACGGCUAUUACCCGUUUGAUGAUCCGCCCGUGACUGGGCUUGGUGCGGCUCGGAUGUCUGCCCUACUCACCUAUCGCAGUCGCAAUUCGUUUGAGUCCCGGUUUGGUCGGAACAUUCCCGACCCUUCCAAGAUUCAGACGAUUCGAGAACGGCCGCGUCCCAGCACACCCUCGGAAGCUCAUUUCCACAUUCACAACGAUGGCCACAAUGUCAAGCGCACAUCAGUCUCACGCAAGAAUAGCCAGAACGGGUCUGGAACCAGCAGCCCGGGCUCGCGAUCAGCCGAAAACGCUGACCCGCAGUUCCAUGGCCCUGGAAAUGAUCAAGAAGAAAGUCUAACUGGAGGAGACAAGAUGCCUACGUCGACGUACUUUUCGGCGCAGUCGUAUCUGCGCUACCAAGGGAAGAAGUUCGUCAAGCGGUUUGAUAGCAACUGCUACAUUGCCAUGACGCGGAAGCUUGACACGCAUGAUGUGUCUAGGGACCGGGCGGCAACGAUCGCCGAGGCGCUUGCGCUAAUUGAACAGCCUAUCCUUGUGCUGGGCAUUGAGAGCGACGGGCUGUUCACAUUUGCCGAGCAGGAGGAGAUUGCGCAGCACGUAAAGGAUGCACGACUCGAGCGGAUCGAUAGCUCCGAGGGACAUGAUGCCUUCUUGCUGCAGUUUGAGCAGGUUAACCGUUAUGUGCUGGGGUUCCUCAAAGAGAUUCUACCUGAUAUCAUGUCGGUCGAGGGUGGCGCCCCAGAGGAAGCCGGCGUGGGUCAGCUAACGAAGUCGAGCACAUUCGGCGAAGCUGAGGUGGAUGAUAUUACUGCAUGGUAA